GUUCCUUUGUGGAGGCUUUAGCUGGCAGGAUCCCUGACAUUAGCGUUGCUCUCUGGCUGCCUGCUGUCUCGAGCCAUGGCUGCACAGCUGGUUGUAGCUCUGCUGGCUUUGGCCUCCCUGGGUGCCGCAUCUGAACCGGACUGUAAAGAGCUGGUCAAGCCUCUGGUACUGGACAGCCACAGCCCCAUCUAUGGGAAGUGGGUACUUCACGUAGGCUCCUGGGACCAACCAGGGCUGAAGGACGACCUGGUUACGGUGAACAGCUCCUGGGUUGAGCUGUCGGCUUCCUCGGACAACGGAGUCAUGACCAUCUACUGGGCCGACCGCCUAAAGGAAGAUAAAUGCCUGCAGGGUUUAGCCAAUGCCACCAUUUCAGGAAUGACCAGUCACACCACUUUUAUGAUCCAUGGCCACAGUUCGUACCAUGAUGGGAGGUACUACGAGACCUGCAGUGACUGCCUCCUGUCUGAAGACACCACCCUGCUUCCUGAUGGCAAGUCAAAAGGACGAUACCUUUUCCUGUUCACACGAACCGGCGCUCUGGAGCCCUCUGAGUUAGAGACCUUCAAGAGGCAGGCGGAAUGUCUUAAAUUCCUCCCAGAGUACCACUACGGAGGCACUGAUCUGUGUCCGGAUGACAGAGAAAAGGCUUCAGAUGCUGAGGAGAAAGCAGAGAAUGAUCAGGCCGAGACUCAGCCGACUACAGCGUAAAGUAGAGCACAGAGAGGUCACGGCUCUGUGAACCACACAUCGGAGCAAAUCCAGCUUAAUAUGUACUAAAUAGUGUUAUAAUGUGAUCUAUGCAUGCACUGCUAUAAUGUUGUGCUGUAGAAUAACUUUUUGUUCAUAUGGUUUAGGCAGCAACAGAGUUCAAGACCUGCUGGUUUCAUGUCAUGUAAAGUCAGUGGUAAGAAAUACGGAGUCUGCGUUCCUAAAUCUGAAAUCUGGUGGCUGAAAAAUCCAUCUAAAAGCCUCAAUUAUAUCUACUUAGUAUUAUUUGUAUAUAACUUUUUUUUCCCCAUGCUUGUGUGUGGUAAAUAAAAAAAAGUUCUUACUCUGCC